AUGUCCCAUAAUUUGAAGACUUACUUUUUUUUUGCUUUUUGCGGUUUCUUUAUCUGGGUUGUUUUUCGAACUUUUGUUACAAAACUUAUCUACUUAUGGGCGGCUGGCUAUUUUGUUUGGUUUCAUUUGCAUUCCAAGCAUCUUGGUACCUUCAGUUCUUUCAAUUCAGCUGAGCCGUUUCUUGUUGAUCCUACAGUUUUUCGGAAACGGAGUCAAAAUUUGCUAAAAUCGAGAUUCUUACUGAGACAAGCUUUAUGUCCUGGAUAUCCAGAAAUUUCAGAAGAGCUAGAGUUCAUUCUGGAGAAUUUCAUGGAGAGAUAUGUUAAAAAAUGGUCAUCUCAGAUAAUUGGCGAACCGACUAUUCCAAACAGCAUUGAGGAUCAUUUCCGAAAAUGCAUCCAUACUCUUUUUUUGAGUGUUGAGACAGUUGACUUUGCAGAUGUUCUCAUCAAGAAAAUCCUACCACUACUUACAAAGCACCUACGUCUUUUUGUCGAAGCAGAACAACUCGUCGUCGGCCAUAAGGCAGUUUCUUUCACCGACCAUUUUGAGCUUUCAAAAGAAAUAGCUGCGAAAUAUAAUAAUGGUUCAUUACAUAAAGCUAUCCUUUUGUCAGGAAAUCCGAUGGUUGCCCAAAAGAAAUAUUUGAGGAAUUGGACCAUUCAGGUGUUGUCAAUAAUACUCCCUAAUUACUACCAAACAAGUCCUUUGGUGAUUUCACUAAUAACCGAAAUUAUAAUUAAUAUUGUUCUCCUUCCGCUAAUAUCUUACGUUUCUGACCCAGAUUUUUUUAAUUACUUAAUUAUUCAAGGUAGUGGAAGUAUAAUUGAACGGCGUAGAAAGAUACGUCGCUUAAAGCAUGCUAUACGCAAGUUAUCCUCAAAUUCUCAGAUUGGAACACGCAGGUUAGGACUAAAGGAUAGUCAAUAUGCUUUCGACCAAUAUAUAAGGGAAAUCCAUCGUAUUUCUAAUAUUUCUGACGCUAGGCGUCUUCGAUCUGAGUUGUUAGUGCAAAGGCGUCAAUUAGAUCAACACACCCCUUUUAGUUCUGAGCUUCAACAGUACCAUGAACGUUUACGAGUAGCUUUGAAUACAACCGAAAAAAGAAUAUCUGUACUUUCUGGAUUCCCGUUUCAAAAAAGGCAGUCUGCCCUCGUUGAACAAGCUCAGUCUUUGCAGCAAAUACUGUCUGAUUCCGCGGCUGUAUCAUGUUUUUUAGAAUUUAUGGAACGCAGGCAAAGGUCUCAUCUUCUUCAUUUUUGGCUUGUAGUAGAAGGAUUGAAAGAAUCACAGGAUGAUCCUCUAAAUGCACAUAUAUUGGCUCCGUUUUCUGAUAUAUCUUCUGAUUAUACCGAUUUUGCAGCCAUCGCUAAGAGUUAUUUGAAAAGAGAUAAAAAGCCUUUUAAUUUACCAGAUUCCUUGAUGAGUUCUAUAUAUUCUUUCAUUGACCAAUCUGAAAAUAGUCUCUCGUCAGAACUGUGGAUUGAUGCCAGAAAUGCCAUGCUAGCCGCUCAGGAGCAUGUUUUUAAUGUUAUGCAUAAUGAUGAUUAUUUCGAAUUUGUUAAUAGCGAUAUUUAUUAUCGCUUUCUUGCUCAGGAUGUUGUUUCAGAUAAAAAAUCGCUAACUUCAUCAACUGCGUACAGUCCUGUUAAUGAUACUCAAGAUAAUCAUGCAGACGUUUUUAGACAAGCUUCUAUUAAAAGCAUAUCUUCUUCUUUAAGAUCUUUUAAUUCUUCUGCCUCAGUUCCUUUGUCCAUGUCUUCUUUAAGAAGAGAUAGUACUUUGAAUGAUGUGGAUUUAGAAGGUUCAAUCAGUAGCGAUGAAGAAGAAGUGCUUUUUGCUUCUCCUGGUGAUCUUCAACUCUCUGAAGCAAUUCAAGAACUUCAGACAGAUAUCCAAGAGUUUGAAAAUCAACUUCACGCACUGAGCACAAUGAUGAAAAAAGCCGAGUUAAUUUCAGAUCAAAAACAGCUCAGAAGUUUGUCUAAAAGCUAUCAGGCUAUAGAGAAGGCUGUGGGUCGGAAAAAAAGGCAAGUGGAUCAAUAUUUGUCACAAGAAGAAGACAGCAAAUUAUACAAUCGUUCGAGGAUUUCUAUAGACUUUUAUAAACUUUGUAGGGAUGAGAACGAACGAGAAUAUGCUGUCUAUACGAUACGUAUUGAGCGCUUGGAAGGGGAUGUUAUAAGGUCAGGCUGGAUGGUUGCUAGACGAUAUCGAGAAUUUGCUGAAUUGCAUAAGCAAUUGAAGCAAACGUUCCCACAAGUACGCUCCCUUAAGUUUCCGAGUAAAACCGUUAUUCCUUCAAUAACAAUGUCGAUUUUGGAGUACAGAAAAACAGCCCUUAAAGAAUAUUUACAAUCUAUUUUUCAAAUGCCAGAUGUUUGCGAUAGCAAAAUUUUGAGAAUGUUUUUAUCGCAACAGAACGUUACUGCUCCACAAAUGUUCAAUCCGAAGAUAGUUGGAGAACGAUGGAAACGCUCUUUGGAGACGCUAGGCUUUGAAGUUAACGGUUCCUUUAAGUUGUCACAAGCCGAUAGUACAUCAUCUUUUUCAGCUCCCAUUUGUGAGUUUUUUAUUGAGCUCUUUUCUCCGAAUAAUGAUAUUAAGCAACAGUGGAUGCCGAAAAAAGCUUAUAUUUCCAUCUUAGAGCAGCUUUUUGGAGGAGCUUUAGAAAAACGUAUACGAACUCAAUUGAGUCAAUGGAUCAAUCAAGAACGAAUCUAUGAAAAAGUCCACCGGCUUCGGCAUAAGCUAGCCGACAGUAAGAAACAUGAAAAAUCGACACAUGGAUCUAAUCGUGCUCGUAAACCAGCUUAUGCUGAUCGAAAUCAACUCAAAGCUGAGGCUGGUAUCAUGCUUGCAUCUAUGUUUCCUGGGUAUACGCCUGACAUAGCUGUUAAGAGAAUUUUUCGAAUCUUACAAAACCAAACUCUUAAUGCACAUAUUAUUUAUACUUUGCUGGAUGAAGCACUCGAUGGUUUAAAGCAGCAUAAAGAGGAUUCAGAAAAAAAAUCAUAG